CCACUACUUUCCACGUUCUUGAAGUACUGGUUCAAGAACUGUAGUGGAAGUCACUUCCAUAGUCCAUGCCCACUGCAUUUAAAUAGUAAACUCGUGAUAAUACCACUUAAUGUGAUAGUGUCAGUGUACGAGGAAGCACAUAGAUAUCCAAGUAUAAUGCUUUGGAAUCUUCUGGGAAUAACAGUGUUGUGUGUUAUAACAUGGUUGUAUUACCGGUGGACUUGCGUGCGGCAAUACUGGGCGAAGCGCGGAGUGCCGCACCUGCCGCCGCACCCCGUCAUGGGGAGCCUCACCUUCCUGCAGCGACAGAACCCCGCAACCUGGAUGAUCAACAUUUACAAGCAAUUCAAGAGCCCGUAUGUGGGAGCAUGGAUGUUCUGGCGGCCAGCUCUCAUCAUCAAUUCACCAGAGUUAGCAAGAAACAUACUUGUUAAGGAUUUCGCUUUUUUCCGUGAUAGAUUUCUUAGUUCAGGUUCUUCAGAUCCCAUUGGUUCUCUAAAUUUGUUCACAGUUAAUGAUCCCUUAUGGUCAACAGUAAGAAAACGACUUACAGGUGUAUUUACAGCUUCCAAACUAAGAGCUUUGCAAAACCUCGUUGAUUUGAAAUCGAGUCAAUUAUUACAAAGAAUAAGGAAUGCAGAAGAUAACACUAAGUUAAAUUUAAGGGCAAUAUACACGGACUACACAACAGACAUCAUCGGAACAGCAGCAUUCGGAGUGGAGACCAAUGCCACCCUCACUGGUGUGGACCCGAUGCGGACUGUCACGCAGGCGUUUACCACCUUCGAUCUUUAUAGAGGCCUCUGCUGGAGCAGCAUUUUCUUUUUCCCGGAACUUGUGGAUAUAUUUCGGUUCUCCUUGUUUCCAAAAUGGUCUAUUGACUAUUUUAAGAAAGUCUUCAAAAUAGCCUCGGAACACAGAAAUGACAAACGAACGCCUGGGGAUUCUAAAGAUUUGCUCGACGCUUUACUUAAGCUGAUGGAUGAGGGAGCAAAAAGUAACGAAGGUAUAACGGAGGACGUAGUAAUUGCUCAAGCAGCAAUAUUUCUAUUUGGAGGUUUCGAAUCAACGUCAUCAAUAAUGAGCGUGUGUUCUUACGAAUUAUCGUUCCAUCCUGAAAAACAGGAUAGGUUGUACGAAGAAUUAAUAGCAGUCAAAAAUCAAAGUGAAAAUGGUCAUUUGGAAAUAUCAAAGCUCGCUGAUUGCCAAUAUCUUAAUGCUGUUAUGAAAGAAAGUCUUCGCAAAUAUUCUCCAAUGGGCUGGCUGGACAGAAUCGCAGACAAGGAUUACAAAAUAGACGAAAACCUAACAAUAUCAGCUGGCACACCCGUAUACGUAAAUAGUAUUGGUAUGCAAUAUGACGAAGAAUUCUUCCAUGAACCAGAGAAGUUUAUUCCCGAAAGAUUUUUACCCGAAAAUGUGGGGAAUAUUAAACCAUUCACGUUUAUGCCUUUUGGAGAAGGACCCCGCAGUUGCAUUGGUAAACGAUUUGGUCAGAUAUCUCUGAGACACGCAAUGGCAAACUUAAUAUUAAAUUAUAAAUUUGAAGCUUUACCAGGAGCAAAAAAGCCAAGCGAAAUAAAAUUUGAAAAACGCGGUUUGUUCCUUGUACCAGGGCAAGAGCUUUACAUUAAAUUUAUCCCGCGGAGUUAAAUCGUUAAAAUAAUAUCAUUAUGUUAUUUGAAAUGUUAUUUUUUAUAAUUAUAUUUUAUUUACAUAAAUGUUUAAAUCGUGCUAGAAAAUUAA